CGUGGGGGAAGAAAUUAACUGUGAGCUAUUUCAAGAUCAUUAAGUAGGUAUAUAUAUAAGUGAUAUUCAAUCAUCCUGCCUGUCACAUCUACUCAGUGGUGCAGGUGGUGCAGCAAGCGAGCCCACUUUGAUAAACCAUGCCCGCCGACUUCGAGAAGCAGAGUUAUUGGCACGAGAGAUUCUCGUCUGAGACAUCUUUCGAGUGGCUAGCGUCGUCAGAAUCUUUCAUGUCCAUCAUAGAACCUUACCUCUCGACACCCUCGCAUACUUACGAGAACGCGCCCCGAAUCCUCCAUCUAGGCUCAGGCACAAGUGACUUGCAGAACUGUUUCCGUUCGAGAGGCUACUUAGACGUGACAAAUGUCGACUACGAACCAUUAGCUAUCGAGCGUGGGCGCCAGCUAGAGAAGGUCGCCUUUGGUGACAUAAGGAUGAAAUACAUCGUCGCAGAUGUAACACAACUUGCCUGCGACUUCUUGCAAGAUAAGAGAUUCGACAUAGUCGUGGACAAAAGCACCGUCGACGCGGUCUCCUGCGGUGGGAAUACGGCCCUUUCAAGGAUGGCCUCUUUCGUGAGGAAAUACCUUGCUGAUAAUGGGAUCUGGAUCUCCCUUAGCUAUUCUUCAGCUCGCUUUGAUAUUGAGCAGCUACCAUUCGGCGUCGAAGUCAUAGCUAAGAUCCCAUUACCCAAACUUAAGGAGAGUGAUCCGGAGAUAUACCAUCAUUGCUACCUUCUUCGGCCCAAAGACCCAAAUGAAUCGAAAAUGGGCACAUAAUGAUCACCAGAGGUUAGUACCUAAUUAUGAAGUCAUGAAAGGUAAAAUUGUAUUGACUUGUCCUGUUUGCUAUUGCCCAGAGUUGUGACACAAAUUACGUGUCGGAGGAGAGGAGAAUGAAGUGUUAGUUGGAAACGGACGAAAUCCAUGUGAUGAAAGGUGGAGGAGAAAAAAUAUAUGGCUUACCUAAUAUAAUAAUAGAGCACGUACCUACGGAUUACAUUGGUACCUUUUAG